AUGCGUUUCGAUGACUUUCUUGAAAUCAACAAUGUGUUCCAGGCGAUGACUAAUGUGACAUUGUUCAGUUUAGACUGUGUGAUUUCAUGGGGUGAGUGGGACUCGUCAGCCAAUGGCGUGGCCCUGCAGAUCAACCAGGCAGUACCGCGGUUGAAGUUCCACUGCACGACCAGUAUAAACCAAGGACGUCAUUCACUCCGCGUUGUGAACGUGUCCAUCUGGUGUGCGGAGACCACGUUAGCACCAAAAUGCCAAGCAGGAGAAAAUUUGGAGCGGAUACCAGAAAAUCUGGUGGAUACAAUACUCAUGGAGGAGAAGUUACGAGUGAAACAGAAUACGAUAAGUGAUAACUUCUAUCUAGAAAACGACUAG